AUGUGUGAAGGCGCUCCGUCUUGCAUAGAGCAAGUUCAGAUAGUCAUUUUAUUAAGUUAUGACAUCAUCCGAUUUCAUCACCUUAAAAAGUUACCAGGAAAUAAACCACAUUUUCUGAGAAGAAAUUUUGGAUAUUUAUUAAAACCGGUCUUAAGAAAAAGAAAAGCCCGUAAUCCAAAUGCUAAUAUAACAGAGCGUAUAGUAGGGACUAAUCUCCUAUUUCAAAGACAGGGACUCCACUGUUUCUGGGUUGGACCCCAACCGGUCGUUUCCUUAUUUUCUCCAGAAUUACUUCAAAUUGUUCUUGGUAGUACCACAUCUUUAGAAAAAUCAUUCGAAUAUGCAUUUUUAAAAAGAAUAUUUGGAUCAGGUCUUAUUAUGAGCUCUGGCUCUAAAUGGACAACCAGACGUAAGUUACUGGCUCAGACUUUCCACUUCCGAAUUUUAGAAGACUUUUUGCCAACUUUCAACGACCAGGCUUUGUUUCUUGCAAAAAAGAUUCAGUUACUCCAGCAUAAAGAUUAUGUAGACAUAUUACCGCUCAUCACAUUGUGCACUUUAGAUAUUAUUUGUGAAUCCAUAAUGGGUACCCAGAUUGGUGCACAAAAAGGAGAGAACAUAGAAUAUGUGUCAGCUAUUCACAAAUUAGCUGAAUUUUUUAAUCAGCAAAGCAUCUAUCCUUGGUUAUGGUCGAAUGCGUUGUUCAACCUCACAAGAUCAGGAAGAGAAUUCCGCAGAUAUGUGGAAAUUGUGCAUAAGUUUACGGAAAAGAUUGUUCGACAAAAGAAACAAGAAAGACUGUCCCAACAAAAAUCUGUGCAAAACAAGGAAAAAGAAAAUGAGAUUGAAAGGAAAAAGAGAAAGGCUUUACUGGAUUUGCUAUUGGAUUUGCAUCUGGAGAAACAACAAAUUUUGGUAACUGAUAUCCAGGAAGAAGUGGCCAAUUUUAUGUUUGCAGGUCAUGAUACAAUAUCCAUGGCAUUAACCUAUACUCUGUAUAACAUCGGCAUCGAACCAAAGAUACAAGAGAGAGCUCGCGAAGAGAUCGAUACCAUUUUUGGGGACGACUAUGAAAGGCACGUCACAAUGGACGAUGCCUGUAAUAUGAAAUAUCUCGAAUGCAUUGUCAAGGAAUCUCUAAGGCUCUUUCCAUCACUACCGGUUAUUGGUAGAAUAUUAGACGAAGACAUUGAAUACAACGGAAUGUUUAUUCCAAAAGGAACUCAUGUUCACUGUAACAUUAUAAGCCUUCAUAGACGGGAUGAUAUAUACCCAAAUCCUGAUGUAUUUGAUCCAGACAGAUUUCAGCCUGAAAAUUCCUUGAACCGUCAACCAUACGCCUAUAUACCUUUUUCAGCGGGUCGUCGCAACUGCAUUGGUCAGAAAUUCGCUCUUUUAGAAGAGAAAGUUGUGAUAAGCAACAUCCUUCGGCAUUUCAAAGUGGUGUCGUUAGAUCCGAGAGAUCAGUUUCACACGAAGAUAGAAUUUUCUUUGAGACCAGCUCAGCCGGUCAGGUUGAAGUUUAUUCCAAUAAGAUGAUUCUUCUGUCUAUUCUUUUAUAUUUUUUUGACAAUCAUUUAAAAAAUUUUGCUUUAUAAAAAUAAAAGUAUACAAUAAAUAGAAAUGAAAACUUUUCUUCAAAAAA